AUGGCAACAGAAAAAGUUCGCAGAGGAGUUACCCAACUAAUUGAUAAACAACGAACAGUAAUGAUAAAACAACUUAAUUCAAUAAAAACAGAAAUUGAUUCUCAUCAAAAAGAUCAAAAUUUUAACGAAAUUGAUAUUGAUCAACUUAAUCGAGAAAUCAAUGAAAUACAAGAAAAGCUUCGACAGUUUAUUGAAAAGCCAUGGCAAUUUGAUGAAAAUCGACCUGAUAUCAAACCGAUACCUAUCAAAGAUUCAUCUACUGAUUAUGAUUGUUGGGACGAGGAUCAUGUUCGUAUGCCUUGCUCAAAACAUUAUGCAUAUGUAUAUUCUAAUGAUAAACGUGCUCGUUUCAUGUAUGAUACUCUUCCUAAGAUUUGUAACCUUGCAUUGAACCUGAAGUUAGUUUGCACUCAGUCACCACCUUUGUUAAAAAUUGGAACAAAUCGUUCAGUUACUAUGUCACAAGAACAAGCAGCAGCAUUGUUAGCUUGUGCAUUUUUCUGUUUAUUUCCAUAUCGGACUUAUCCGUCCGCAAAAAAAGAAUAUGAACAUUUUCAAGAUCCAAAUUUUGAAACAUUAUAUCGAGAUGUACGUCAAAACAAAAUCGAAAAACUCAAGUGUAUUUUACAUUAUUUUAAUCGUGUUACAGAACAUAUGCCAAAUGGUGUAAUAACUUUUCAACGUGUUGCAUUACCCAAACAUCGUUUCCCAUCGUGGCAUGAACUAAACACAGGUCUCUGUGAUCUGACCAUGACAACAGGUAAAAAAAUUGAAGAUAUCAAGAACGUAUUACAAGUUGAUUUUGCCAAUAAAUAUAUUGGAGGUGGCGUUUUAGGUGGCGGCUGUGUACAAGAAGAAAUUCGUUUCACUAUCUGCCCUGAAAUGCUAGUUAGUUUACUUGUUUGUGAAGUCAUGGACAACAAUGAAUGUAUCUUUCUUAUUGGCUGUGAACGAUAUUCAUCAUACAAAGGCUAUGCUGAUUCAUUUGAAUACGCUGGAGAUUAUCAAGAUAAUACACCUAGAGAUGGUUGGGGUCGGAAAUGGUGUCAUGUAAUAGCUAUGGACGCGGUCUAUUUUCGUAAUCCAUCAGACCAAUACAAUAUGAAAGUUGUCGAACGUGAAUUACUGAAAGCCUACACGGGUUUUCGUCCGAUAGGAGAUGGAGCAGAUUACAAAUUUGGUAUUGCUACUGGAAACUGGGGUUGUGGAGCUUUUAAUGGCGAUAAACAAUUGAAAGGUAUCGGUUGA